AACUGGGAAUGAAGUACAUUUGUGAUACUUAAGGUGUGUUGGUUUUAAUCCUCUUAGAAAUAUGAUAUUCAUCCUAAGGAUGACUUUAGAUUUGCAUUUUUUUAAAAGGUGUGAUAUAAUUCUGAUAGGAAGAAAAUUAAAGAGGUUUCUUCUUAGGGGAUUAUUCUGCUUUAUAACUUUGUAUUGUUUAAGAAUUAUCUCUAGAAAAUUAUUCCGUUACAUGGAGGUGUUUUCUGAAAAUCACAUAUACUUUUUGGGGUCAGACUGCUGAGGUUUGAGAGCUAAGUACUUGUUUUGUUACAGCUAUUUGUUGGGUGUCUGCCUUGUCCAGCUGGUAAGUACUUCUCCCAUACUCUUUCCUGGCCCAUCAUUUACUGGAGAGGGAGAGAAGCAGGAAUCAGAGAUGUAGAUCGGCAGCCAGCAUCUUCUUACUGAUAUUUCCAAAAGAUGAGGAUAUGCUAGUUCCUUUUACUUUGAGUAGGUUUUUUUUGUCUGUCUUCUAAAAGUGUAAUUCUUAGCAGUAUUGUCUUUGGAGUGUUGACCGUAAAUGCGAAAGCAAAAGUCUACCUGAGUAUGCAAAAAUGAGCUGUUAAGGAAGAAAUAGGUUUUGGGAAGACAUUCAACAUUGAUAGUCUUUAUUAAAGACUACUAAGCCAAAACUCUUACUUUAGUAAAUAAAUGGAGGUUUUGUCUUACCAAGAUAAAAAAAAGCUCAAGCCCUGUAAAAUCCUGAAGGAGGAGGUGUAGGAGGUAGUUCAUAAAAUCUGACGUAACAGCUUUUUUGUCACCUUUCAUUCACUCUUUCUGAAGAAGGGGUAUGCAACUGAAUGUCUUAGUUUUUCUUCGGUAUUACUCAUGCUUUUCAGCAUCAUGUUACUUUAAUAGUGAGAAUUACAUAAUGAAGUUCUGCUAUAGAACUGAUCUCUGCAGGGAAGCAGAGAUUUUUAUUAAUAAAGCUAGACUAACAAAUACUGACUGUUUAUUAGUUGUUGGUUAAAGGAAGAAGCUAUGACAGUUUUGAGUUAAGCCAUAACGGUCUGAUCAGAUGCAGACUUUGUAAGCAGAAGCAGGAAAUGUGGAAAGUGAUUUUUUAAUUCUUAACUGAUAAGGAGUAAUUGGGGUCCUUUUUAACACUGGAUGAGGGGGAUGGGUUUGGAAAUGCACUUGAACCACUAAUAUACAUUUGUCUUUAUUCCAGUAAAUGAGGAAUUGUGAACACAAGACCUACUUCCCUACAUCAUGUAAACUUCUGCUUUCCAGAACUGUAGCCUGUGACAGAUACCGGUAGUAAGGACAGAUGAGUAUCUCUUAAGGAUAGAGGAUAUGUUUGCAUGGAAGGAAGAUACUCUGUAUUAACUGCCAUGUUAACAGUUUCAGCCAAGGAUGUUUAGAUUAUCCAUUCCUUCAAAAUAGAAUGUGUUUAUGGAUCAAUGCACCUCCUCCUAAUUCAUGGAAACUGAUGCUGGGAGCAUAUUGGUUAUCUUGCUGUACAAACACAAGUGGAAUCAAAGCACUCAUUUUUGCUGUGAGAGGGGUAGCCAGAUCUAUACCCACACUUCUGGACCUGACAUCUCUUAGAUCGUAAUGAUAAAGGCCAAAGAUAAGCCAGAGGAGAGUGGUGCAAAACCUAAGCAUGUGCUUAGUAACAGAGGAACCCAAACUGAAAGCAAGAAGCCUCUGGAAGAGACAAAAAGUGGGAAAAAGUUGGAUGAAAACAAGGGAGCAUGUGAGAAAGUGAAUGCUUCUAGUGCUGUAGCCCACAAAGCUGAUGCCAAACCCAAAGUUAAAGAGAGAACAGCGCAGCAGCAAGUAGUAGAAGGUGCUGGUAAAACACAGAGCUCUAAGAGCUGUCAACAGCAAAAGGACGUUGGUGUCAAAGCUUUGAAUCAACACAAUGGUCUUCCCUUCGUAAAUCAAGAUCAUGCGGGCAACCGAAAUGUUCCUGCUAAAGCACACGAUAUGGACAGAACUCCACGCCUAGAUGAGUGCCACAGGCAGCUUGUUCAUCAGAAACUCAGAAAGAAUGAAAACAAACCUCCAUUGUUGAGUGAGGCAUCUCGGGAAGCUGUGCCCUCCGCAACCCGAGCUGUAUCUGACUCAGGGUGUGAGGUGACACAUACCAGGAUAUCUGUCAAUGUACAUAUGACUGAAAUGAAAGAAAAGAUUGAGAUGAUGAAGGAAGAAAACUUAAAUGAUCACAGAGGUAAAAGUCCCAAAGUAAAAUCCCCAUCCUCCACACCAACAGAAGUAGGAGUCAAACAGCUGCCUGACAAAUUAAAACUUCAUCAGAGUGCUAAAGCCAUCAGCACUGAGCCAAAUCAAGAAGUGAAAGGGGACAAUAAGCAGAAUGAACUUGCACCUCAAACAGAGAAGCAACAGCCAUUACUGAGCAAGCCCAAACUGGGUGAAAAGGCUGAUGAGAAAUCAGAAUUAAAAUGCAAGCCCAUAACCUCACAGAAUACCUGUGCAAAGGAGCGUACGAAAGGUGUGGGGCUAGAAGUAAAAAUCCAUCAAGAAACAGCAAAAGCAGGAGAAUCCCUGACAUAUACCAACUCUGAGAGGAAAUCUGAAUCUGCAUCUUCAGGGGGAAGUGAAAAUGUUGCUCGUCAGUGUACAGGAAUGGCAUCAGAGAAGACUAAGUCCUUGGAAGCUUGCAAAGAGCUUCCCACACAGGAUGAAAUGAUCAUUGAUGACAGCCCUUCUCCUCCAGCUCCUUUUGAACACCGCAUAGUGAGUGUCAAGCAAACAGAGGUGACAACGUGCUACUCAGUGUGCCAUCACGAAGUACUGGGGGGGGGACGUUUUGGGCAAGUUCACAAGUGCACGGAAAUAUCGACUGGUCUCAACCUGGCAGCCAAAAUCAUAAAAGUGAAAGGACCAAGAGAGAGGGAGGAAGUAAAAAACGAAAUUAAUGUCAUGAACCAAUUAAAUCAUGUGAAUCUCAUCCAGCUUUAUGAUGCUUUUGAAGCCAAAAAUAAUAUCACUUUGAUCAUGGAAUACCUUGAUGGUGGUGAAUUAUUUGACCGGAUCACAGAUGAAAGCUACAAUCUAACUGAGUUGGAUGCAAUCCUAUUUACCAAACAGAUUUGUGAAGGAGUCCGCUACUUACACCAGCAUUAUAUUCUCCAUCUAGAUCUGAAGCCUGAAAACAUAUUAUGUGUAAAUCACACAGGAAACCAGAUUAAAAUUAUUGAUUUUGGAUUAGCAAGGAGGUACAAACCUCGUGAGAAACUGAAGGUUAAUUUUGGAACUCCGGAGUUCUUGGCUCCUGAAGUGGUGAACUAUGACUUUGUUUCCUUCCCAACGGACAUGUGGAGUGUAGGCGUCAUCACGUAUAUGUUGCUUAGUGGCCUGUCCCCAUUCCUGGGAGAAACUGAUGCAGAAACAAUGAAUUAUGUAGUCAACUGCAGCUGGGAUUUUGACGCAGAAGCAUUUGAACAGCUAUCGGAUGAAGCUAAAGACUUCAUUUCCAAGCUGCUCAUGAAGGAGAAAAGCUGCCGGAUGAGUGCAACGCAGUGUCUGGAGCACGAGUGGUUAAACAAUCUACCUGCCAAAGCCAAGAAGUCCAAGCUUCGCCUAAAGUCCCAGUUGUUGCUGCAGAGUUACAUGGCUCACAGAAAAUGGAAGAAACACUUUUAUGUGGUGGCUGCUGCUAACAGGCUGAAGAGAUUUCAGAGUAUGUCUGUCAAGCUUGCAUAAGCUUGUAUGAAGCAUCUGCAACUCUUGGAGAUGGACAUUGAAGCCAUGGAAGGACCCAGUAUCUUCAAUAAUUUCUACCCCUUUUUUUUAGAACAGAAGGUUUGUGGUCUGUCCUCCUCAAAUAUUAUGUAUGUUAGUGCUAAGGUUUCAGAAGGGCCUCGAGGAAGAGGCACUGAAAUAAUUUCUAAAAGCAGAAGCUCCCCUGUUUGUUUUUACAAGUUUUUAGUUGUUGUACAUAGUGAUAGAAGAACAUGGCUGUUAUUGGGGCUGACUUCUUGCUGAAGGCUUUGAUUCUGCAGCAUUUUGUUGGUGUGUUUAAACCAGAAAACACCUUGUCAGUUUUCUGGUUUCUCACACCAAGCAUGGGAUCUAAAGACAAUUCCUUCAUAACUGAUGUAUGUCAUUAGUUUUAGAGCACUGCCACAACAGUGGCACAAUUUGUCUCUUGGCUGUUUGUUACUUAGAACAAAAGAUAAUUGGAUAUCCUUUUCUUCUGUAAUUUUUUCAGAACGAUUUUUUUUCCCCUCAAAUGAGAUGAUGAUUCAGUGCAACUACUCAGAGUUGAAUGGUUUUGAUUUAUUGGUUUGUUGUUGUUUUGUUUUUUGUUUAUUUUUUUUUUUAAUUAUACUCUUUCCUUUAAGAAAUAGUUGCUGCAUAGUUAGGAAAUAUGAGGAAUCCUGGUUUGAAGCAACUUAAGUCAGUCAGUCCAUUGCUGCUUUUCCUUAUGGUGAGUUGAAUUGAGCUGAAUUGAUUGAACGUUUGGAAGCAGAUAGGUGAAACUGCCACAAAUAAAAAUCGCCCAAUGACCAUUUGGUCUAUGCAAAAAAAACUCAUGUUAUCCAGAAAAGAAGAGAUUUCCAGUCACUGUUUUAUAUGUAUUUAAAAUGAGUAAAUGCUUCUCAUUGGCUGUGACCGCAGCCCGUAAUUUUGUAAGUUUUAGUUUGAGGAUUCUUUUCUCCUCUCUAACAAUAUUAAUGAAGUCUGAGAAGUUGAUAUGGUGUGAUAUACAAAAUAGGUUUUGUUGCUGUUCAGUGGUGGGGAAACAGUGUGCUGCCAGACUCUGCCCUUAGCCCAGUUAGGAGGUUGAAGCCCUUUUUUUCCCCCACUUUGCUCUUGAACAUCGAAGGUUUUCUUCACAAUACUAACUUUGGGAUUUUAAUAAUAAUUUGGAUUUAAUAAAAAUUUGAGAUUUUAAACUUUUUGCUGAUGUUGGAGCCACUUACAGUCUCUCAGCUAGAAGUAUAACAUUAUUUAUUAAACCUGUGGUUUCCUUCUUUCCUGUUUUAGAUUCUGCAUAACUCAGUGUGAGCUGGAUGGGCUUUUAGGGAAAACAAAAGCUAGUACUACUAAAACUAGCUUUCCAGCAAAGGCAUCAAACCACUGUAAAACUCCCUUUAACUUUAUGGACUUUCAUGUCCCUUGAAUUAGUAAAAGUGUUGGUUGCUAAUAAAGAGGUUUGUAAGACUGUCUUACUCUAGUCUAGUUAUCUUUUCCACUGUAGGGCUUCUCACUUUGCAUAGUCCUGUGUUCUGGACUUCUGCAGCAUUUCCAGAACUGAGACAGAGAAGAAUUAUUAAAAUCAAGUGAAAUAAUCUUGACGUUAUCACCUUCUGUGAAGGCCCACUUUUGUUCAUGUUUUUCUUCCACAGUGGUUCUGCAUGCUAAAAGUGAUUAUAUUAACUGGUCUGUAUAUUUAUGAAUUAAUACUAAUAAAUUUCAUGCAAGUGGAACAA